UAGACAGAAGUGUAUAAGAGUUGAACUCCUCCAUGAAACCCCACUACUGUGGGGUGCAGCUUGGAGCAGACUCUGCAGGCAGAACACAGCUACUCCAAACAGUGUCACCAGCACCAAGGUGAGACAGAGACGUGUGUGGACAUCGAGCCAUGGCCAGGUCUGAUGACACAAUCGAGAUGUCGGCACUGGGCAGGCCUUUCCAGCUGGGAAUGCUGUACGACUGCCGCAAAGAGAUCCUGAUCCCAGGCAUCACUCUGUGGGACCUGGACACUCUCCGAACUGACGUGGAUGUAAAACCGCAGUCCAAGACAGAAUUUCAGAUCAUUGCAUCAGACACCAUUGAUGCCAAGGCCUCUGCUCUCAACGUCACAGCUUCACUGAAGGCCAGCUUCUUCUGUGGCCUGGUGGAAGUGGAGGGAUCAGCAGAAUAUUUAGAAGAUACCAAGACAUCCAGACAUCAGGCCCGUGUCACUCUGCAGUACUCCACCACCACCCAGUUCAAGCAGCUGACGAUGAGCCAUAUUGGUCGCCAGAAUGUCUCCUACCCUGAUGUAUUUGACCAAGGCAUGGCCACCCACGUGGUCACCGCUGUGCUGUACGGGGCUCAGGCCUUCUUCGUGUUCGACCGGGAAGUGUCUUCAUCUGAGGACAUGCAAGAGAUACAGGGAAAGCUCCAGGUUAUGAUUAACAAGAUACCAAUGAUCACCAUACAAGGGGAAGGGUCCCUGAAAAUGGAUGAACAAGAGAAACACCAGGCUGAAAAAUUCAGCUGUAGAUUUUAUGGUGAUUUUGCUCUUGAGAACAAUCCAGUGACUUACGAGGAUGCCAUGAAAGUUUAUGCCAUGCUCCCCAAGCUGCUGGGGGACAACGGGGAGAAGGCCGUGCCUGUGAGAGUCUGGCUGUACCCGCUGACCAAGCUGGACUCCAAAGCCGCUCGCCUGGUCCGUGAGAUCAGCCUCACACUGAUCUUUGAUGCCCAGGCUGUGCUGGAGCAGCUGGCAGAAGUAGACAUGCGCUGCAAUGACCUGAUGAAGAACCGCAUUGCCACGACCUUCCCUGAGAUCAGGAGGAAACUGCAGCAAUUCCAAGACCUGUGCAAGCAGCACAGACAAAUCUUCCAGAAAGAGCUGGCAGGACUCCUGCCUUCCAUCCGUGGGGGUGGGAGGGAAGAAGGGGCCCUGGUGGACAUUUUAACUUGCAAGAACCAGUCCCCAUUCAAUACACAGCAACUCAACGAAUUCCUGGAGAAUAAGGAACGAGAAAUAAACUUUGUGAGUUCCUACCUGUCUGCCCUGAAGGACGUGGAAGUCAUGUCCUCCAAGAACAAAGUGGAUGAAAUAGUUCUUGACCCCACGAAUGAGUUUGUCGUCUCCUUUACAUUCACCUCGUUACAGGACGAGGAGCCCUAUCUAUCAGAUUUAAAGCUGUGGCUUCAGACCCAGUAUAUGAAAAAUACUCAUGAUCCAGCCCCAGCCAGACAUGUCAGUGAGAAACCAAAAUCCAAACUGUGGUUUGAGGACAAAGAGAGAAACCAAAAUGCCCGAAAAUCUGCAAAAUCCCUGUCAGAGUUUGCCCGUGUCAACAAGUCCCAUGGGAAAACUCGGUUUCUUGUGGCUUCUACCUCAGACGAGGACAACCCAGGAGCUUCCAUUUACCUGUAUGAGGAUGGGGAGCUGGUCAGCACCAACUUUGAGCCUCCAGCAAAGCCUCUUCCUCCCCUGAUUGCUGGAAUCAGCCAUGACCGUGUGCAGCUCACACUGAAGCCAGCAGCCCGGGGAGAGGCUGCGAUCACCGGCUAUCGGGUGGAGUACAGAGGAGUGGGGCAGGAGGACUGGACAGCUGUGAGUGUGAAUAGCAAGCAGGAAUCAUUCCCAGUAACAGGGUUACGUGCAAACACCAAGUACCAGUUCCGAUACGCUGCAGUGAGCAAACCAGGGCUCAGCGCAACCAGUGAUGGGACUGACAGGGUGAAAACACGUCCAACCAGCCCCCCUGGAAAUCCUGGAAAAACUGCUGUGGCUUCAUCUGCCAUAGCACUGAGAUGGACAAAUCCAAACGUCAUCGGAGAGGGAGUCACUAUAAAGGAGUACAGGGUGGAGUAUAAAGAAGUCACAGGAGAUACAAGCCCUGAAGAAAAAGGCAAAUGGCAAGAGCAAAGGACCAAGCAGAAAGCAGAGUCCUACACCAUUGAGGGGCUGAAACCUGGGACGUCCUAUGUGCUCCGAGUGUCAGCGGUGUGCACGGAUGGUGCUGUGAGUGACCCCAGCGAGGAGGUGUCCAUGAGUGACCCCAGUGAGGAGGUGUCCUUUUCGACGCUGGAAGCAGAAUCAAAGUCAUUAGCUUAUGAGUACAUGAAGAAGAGCAUUCAGAUUGGAGGCCAGGAGCCCUCCGUGUACGCACUGCCCCUAGAGGAGGCAGCGCGUGAUUCUAGUUCAUCUUACUUAAAGUACAGGCUGGGAGCAGACAGCUCUCCCGCCCACAGAAAGGUCAUUAUGGUGAUGGGAGCAACCGGGUCUGGGAAAACUACUCUCAUCAAUGGGAUGAUCAACUACAUCCUGGGAGUGCAAUGGGAGGAUGAUUUCAGGUUCAAACUGAUCCACGAAGUGACCAACAGAAGCCAGGCUGAGAGCCAGACGUCUGAAGUGACCGCCUAUGAGGUCAAUUACAGGCAGGGCUUUAAAAUCCUCUACAGCCUGACUAUCAUAGACACCCCAGGGUUUGGUGAUACCAGGGGUAUAGAGCAGGACAAACUAAUAACAAAACAGAUCCGAGAAUUUUUCUCUACUCCAGGGGGCAUUGAUCAAAUAGACGCUGUGUGUGUUGUAGUCCAGGCCUCGCUAGCUCGUCUAACCCAUGCCCAGAAAUACGUGUUUGAUUCGGUGCUCUCCAUCUUUGGGAAGGACAUAAAGGACAACAUACAGGUGCUGGUCACCUUUGCAGAUGGACAGACACCCCCGGUUCUAGAGGCCAUUAAGACUGCUGAUGUGCCUUGUGCUAAGGAUGCCAAGGGUACCCCUAUUCAUUUUAAAUUCAAUAAUUCCACACUGUAUGCUAGCAAUGCUGGAGCUGAUGAUGGCAGUUUUAGUUUUGAUGCAAUGUUUUGGAAAAUGGGAGCUAUGAGCAUGAAGACCUUCUUUGAUUCUUUAUUCAAAUUAGAAAGUAGAAGUUUGACCCUGACGAAGGAAGUGCUCAGAGAACGGAAGGAGCUGGAGGCGGCUGUGGAAGGGCUGCAGCCCCAGAUCAGGGCUGGACUGACGAAGCUGGAAGAACUGAGAAAAACAAAGAAAAUUCUGGAGCAACACAAGGAUGAAAUGGAGGCCAAUAAAGACUUUCAAUAUGAGGUAGAAGUGACAGUGCCUGUGCAGGAAGACAUCUCUGGCACAGGGAACUACAUAACAAACUGUCAGCGGUGCCAUUAUACAUGUCACCAUCCUUGUGGAAUCCCUAAUGAUGAUGGUAAGCGAGGGUGUGCUGCUAUAAAUCAAAAUACGGGAUAUUGCACAGUCUGCCCUGGGAAGUGUUUCUGGAAUGCUCACUUCAACCAGAAGUACAAGUGGAAUUAUGAGUCAAGAAAAGAGAAACGGACCUUCAAUGAACUGAAAGAGAAGUACGAGAAGGCAUCCGGUGAGAUAUUAUCAACAAAGAACGUGGUGGAGAAGCUGAGCCAGGAAUACGCUGCAGUGGAAGAGAUAUUGCUAGAGCUUAUUGACAAAUCAUCUUACAGCCUCCAGCGCCUGCAAAAAAUUGCCUUAAAGCCCAACCCCCUGUCCACUCCAGAAUACAUCGACCUGCUGAUCAUGUCGGAACAACAGGAGCUGAAGCCCGGGUAUCAGGAACGGAUAAAAUCACUGAACAAAGUGAGGGAAAUAGCUGAUAUAAUAAGGAAGAUUGCUAAUAAGGAGCCCCUGCUGCCAGGAGAGGAGGACAUGUACAGAAAGAAAAAGGAAAAACAGUCUUCAUUCAAGACAUUUGUCAAAGACAAAGUGAACCUUUUAAAAGGCCUGUUCCAAUAAGCACUAACUUCAGCUUAGCCAUGAGAAGAAACAGCCAGCUUAACCAGGGGGGCUGGAAGCUCCCGUUACUUACAUAGAUCCUUUCUUUUAAGAUUCAAGAAGGCCGUUUCACUCUGAUUUACACCAAACUUAUUUUAUUUGCUAUAGUCUACACCAGUGCCACUGACAGCAGAAUCACACCCAUUAAAUAUGAACUAUAUGAUGUAUAACAACAACAACUUGAUUUGAAUCCUACAGAAAAAACCUGAUUCACCAUCAAAUGUUCACAUUGAAACUUCUCAGGUGACAGUCAGACAACUUCUAUCAAAGUACUCUCUCUAUUACUACUGAUACCAGGACUGCACCAAAUGGGUGGUAGAGACUCUUUCAGCCCUUCUGGUUACAUAUGUCAUAAAUCAGAUACAAGAAAUAAGAAAUGCAAUAAAAAAUAAAAAUAUGCAACUAAAAAUAUGCAAAAAAUUAAAAGAUGCAACUGAUUGUUCCUUCACAUCAGUGAAAACAAGGAACAAACUGCUUGAAUUUCAUGAGUUAUACCACAGAAAAAUUAGAAGCAUGUUAUCCAUAGUUAAUCCACACUCCUGGUUAAAAUGGAAAGGAAACUUAAGGAAAAAAAUCCGGAGCAAUAAUAAUUUUUUCCCCCACCCCUGUAUGUUUUGUGCUGCUUUCAUACUAAGUUUCAUAGCAAUCAAAAAAACUAGGAUUGGAAAGUCCCUUGCUCUCACAGGCAACCACAUCAUAAAUUUACCAACUCCCCCUUGAAACCAGCUGUGUUUCUCACCUCUUAGCUCCUACUGGAAAGCUGUUCGGGAACUUCACUGGAGUUCAGCUGACAAAGAGAGAAAAUCUGGAUGUCCUACACAAAACAACUUCCCGGGAUUUGCAUUUCACUGGCCUGCUUUCUGAGCAGAAAGAUUUGUGAUGGAGCUGUGGUGCACAGGUUAGAGCUCCUGUCCCAAGAGCAAAAUUCCUACUCAGCGGGCAUAUCUACAUGUGCACUUUAAUGCGCAGUAGCCUAUUUUACUGCGCAUUAAAGCUUCAUGUCAGAAACCAGCUAAUAUGCUAAUGCACAGUAAAAACAGGCUACUGCUCAUUGUCACUAAAAAAGCAUGUGCUUUUGCUACACAUAAGGGCCACCUAAUGCUCAUUUAUUUAGUAGCUCACAUUAGAGGUACUGCAUUUAAUGUACAGUAACAAAAGUGCAUUAUGAAUCUGCAGACGCUCCCAGUCUGUUCUCUAAACUUGUUUAUGAAAGUAAAGGAAAGUUAGAAAGAAGCAGACUGGCAGAACUGAGCUGGUUUAACUUCAAAUGGUGGAGAGGAGCUUCAGGGUUCUUGGCCAGUUACAGGUUGACAUGAAGUGAUGAAAGAGUCUUGAAAUGGAAAUAGAGGUUUUUAAUUGAAAUGAUCAGAACGGGUAUUGAAUGGACAGUGUGAACGUGAAAGACUGCCGUCCAGUUCUUGGACACUGUAGUUGGACAAAGGGACUGGAAGAUGCAGCCUUCACCUUCCAGUUACCAGCUGCCUCUCCAGGGAUUGCUGCAACACCACUAGGAUUUCUGCAGUCUGAUCCUGACAGGUGUUCUGACCCGAUGGGCUUACAAGAAACAAGUCAAUGAUAUUGCCACCUCUGCAGGGUUACGGUAAUUCCUGAACAACCCCUGAAAUGUGAGACUUGGACUCCUGCUCACACCCUGGUCCCUCCUGUGUCCUUUCUCUUUCCCAUCUCCUUUCUUCUCCUUCCUAUCUUGCUACCUUCCUCUCCUAAUUCAAGAAAGAUAUAGAUCAGCCAUUUGCAGCUAGGGUGAUGUGGCCCCAUGGGAUGCCUUGAGAACCUUUCAGAGGUGCCAGGGGUGCAUUGCAAUGUCAGCACUGUUAGGGGUGCAACAUGUUUUACAAGAGAAACCCAGAGAUUGCAGAUAGCAGGAUGCGUUUAACCCCGUGGAUUCCUGUCAGCUCUCUGACCUCUUUGCAACAGAAAAAUUGCUCUAGGAUUUAUCUUUAGUCAAAAACUGAGUUCAAACUAAAAGCUGACAUUUUCUGAGGAGUGCUCUGAGUCUGUGAGAGAUGCCUUGAAGUCUAAAAAUGUUGAGAACCAGUGAUGUAUAUGCACUGAAAGGAGUCCAGCUGUGAGCAACGACAGUCAUGAGCAAUCUGGGGAACAGCUCAUAAGGAAAGGCUGGAAGGACUGGGAUGAUUUAGUCUGGAAAACAGAAAACUGGGGUUGGCGUGAUGGGAGGGAGGGGGGAGCUGAUAACCCUUCAGCUACCCAAAGGUGGUUAUGUAGAUGUGGACUAUUCUCCAUGGCAGAAAAUGCGACAGAGCUGGAACCUGGGUCGGGCAGGGAGCAUCCACCUGCAGCACCCCGGCCAGAGCCUUAACGGCAGAUGGCACGUGUUUGCUCGGGCUGGCAGCUAUCGCUGGUGGUCUCUUCCUGGGACCUGCUUCUUGCACAUGCGCAUUCCCCGCACUGCUGGGGUUAAUGUACUUGGCUCUGAUUAUAACUGCUCUGGUGCCAGGGUAGCCCAAAGGUCUGAAGGAAGAGCAACCUCUGCCUCCUUUCUCCCGUCCUCUUAUGCCAGUGCAGGGCUAUCAAGAACCAGCAUGUCUAUGCACAAAUCAUCUGCAUUUAACAAACCGCUUAUACAGAUGAUCAUUAUUCAGUGACUGAUGUAACCACCUGUAGUGUGAUGUCUUCCAUUGCCUGUGUAUUCACAUAUUCUGAUGUCUAAUCUUAAUUAAAUGCUUGUAACAAUGGUUGUAUAGCUUAAUAAACUAGAUUUGAUCUGCAAGAA